AGAGGCAGGGAGAGAGACGGACGUGGAGAGAGGCUGAGAGAGAGAGAGAGAGAGAGAGAGAGAUCAACCAAGUCAAACUGCUGCCACAGGCUGGGAGUAGAUUUUGCUGUUGGGAUUGAAACAUACAAAUAAAAACAAAGGAUCAAGACAAAGGUUUAGAGAAGACAAAAGAGGACAGAAUCAACAACCAUUUGACUCCAACAUGCCAUUUUAAAUUUGGUUUUCUUACAAAGGAUUAACAGAGAGAAGAAUUGACCUUUGGGAUGUGAAGUGUUUUUGUAUAAACCGAGAGAGAAAAACGCUGCAGCUCUGUGGUCAAGUUGGUCUGGACCACUGACAAAGGACUAUCUCUGCAUCAUAAGGGCGACAUCUGACUUACUCGGUUUAACAGAGUUUGCAUAGAAGAAGAGAAGUUGGAGGUUAAGUAACAAUUUAAGGGGUGCGUGUCUACACAAUUAGAUAAUUAGAUAGAUAAUUAGCUUCUGAUAAUAAACUUUCAAAAGUUGAACCUCAACAAGUGGAAGACACUCGUGGAUUGACCAGCAGCUUACGCAGCGUUGUUACGGUGAAGAUGACAUUCGCCAUGCUGCGCACGGCGCCUCCAGCAGGCCGCUUCUUGUACGGCGACAUUGCCCUCCUCUCCGAAGACGAGGAGGAGAACGGAAGCGAGGGGUCAGGCUCCGAGGAGCGUACCACCAACUCCUCCAACUUCCGCCUGUCCUCCUCGUCGCCAUCUGCCUUUCACAUCAAGGUGAACAGGAAGAGGAAGCUGUGCGGGGCAGGAGGGAACGGAGGGGUAGAUGUAGCCAUGAUGGGGAGGCUCAUCCCCCCAGGGUCUUCCAUCCCUGGGGAAGGUCGCCAGAGGACCGCAGCCAACGCGCGGGAGAGAGAUCGCACCAAUUCUGUCAACACAGCAUUCACAGCGCUGCGCACUCUCAUCCCCACCGAGCCUGCAGACAGGAAGCUGUCGAAGAUUGAGACGCUACGUUUGGCCAGCAGCUACAUCAGUCACCUGGGCAACGUCUUGCUCCUGGGCGAGGGGCUUCAUGACGGACAGCCGUGCCACGCUCCCUCACCACCAUUCUUCCACGUCAACUCCUCCCCCAACCGAGGAUCCGACCAGUCAGCUCAGCCAAAGCACAUCUGUACUUUCUGCCUCAGCAACCAGAGGAAAAUGAACAAGGACAGAGACAGGAAGACGGCCAUCAGAAGUUAACGAGGACACAAACUUCACCGAUGAAAUGCUCGUCACUCUGACAACGCUUUCAGUGAUCUCACCGUUACUGCAACUUGAAGACUUCUCAGACUUGACACAUUUCAGGCUUUUGAUGGACCUCUAUAGCACUUGCAGGACUUUUCAAGGAACUUAACCAACAUUUCUUUUUUUUUCUUACUUUUUAUAUUGCAUUACAAGAACUUUACACUUUUUAGAGUGUUUUCAAAUAUGUUUGAAUCACUUCUGAAAAGUUCCACAGUACUUUUAAAGGGCUUCCACAUGCUUAUCAAGACCAUGACGAACCUUUCAACAACAUUUAUAAGACUUUUUACUGUAUUGUUCAAAGACUCCGUGGCUCUUCAGUCAGAGUCUGAGGAACUUCUGGCACAUGAUCAAAAAACACACAGAGCCUAUGAAAGACAAAUAUGUAUUCAUCGAAAGCUGUGUGUUAUUAAUGUGUAAACUGAAAUAUAAAUGUAUAUUUAUGUGACAUAACAUUAUAUAAUGAAACUAUGUUAUUUAACCAGCAUUGACAAUUCAUGACAAAUUAUGUAUAAAAGGUAGAAAAUAUUGGCUAUUGACACAAUUUAUGGCAUUACAAAAAAACAUGCUGGAACCUUAGUGGUAUUGGUUAUUUCUAAUAAUCUAAAAAAUGUCCCAAUGCUGGAAAAUAACUCAAGAUGACCAAUAAAUUGUUUGUAUAU